AUGCGUUUUGUUAUCUCUCUGCUUUCCUUGUCGUCCGUCGCUCUUGCGAGCUGGACCCAGAACCUGAACUACCGCAGUCCUUCUGACCACCACCCUGGUCUCGGUAUCUCUCUUCACAAGGUCAACAAGCGCAAUGUGCCCGGUACUCAGUACUCUGCCUCGCAGUUGAACUUUACCCAUGGCAUUGCUUCUGGAGACCCGUACUCGGACUCUGUCAUCCUGUGGACUCGCGUUGCUCCCAUGUUCGACAAUGUCAAUGACAACUCGACCGUCUCUGGCAUUGCUCCUUUGUACGGCCAUGGCGCCAACUUGACUGCCAGCACUGCUCCUGUCUGUGUGCAGUACAAGGUUUCCAAGUCUGCCAACUUUACCCAUGUUGAGAGCAGCGGCACCGUAUACACUUCUUCCGACAUUGACUACACUGUCAAGGCCAAGAACUUGACUGCCUUCACUCGCUACUACUACCAGUUCAACGUCUGCGGCUCCAACAAGACCAGUCCUCUUGGCCGCACCAAGACUGCCCCUGAUACCAACGACUACACUGCUGAGGUCGGACUUGCUGUCUACUCGUGCAGCAACUUCCCAUUCGGCUUCUUCAACGCCUACGGUAACCCUGUGCGAAAGGACUCCGUCGACUACGUCAUCCACCUUGGUGACUACAUCUACGAGUACGCCGGCGACGGUGACUACGGCUACGGCUACAGCAUCAACCGCAUUCCCAAGCCCGAGCGCGUCAUCACUACCCUUUACGACUACCGCGAGCGUCUCGCUACCUACCGCACCGAUCUCGAUCUUCUCGCUUCCCACCAGAACUAUCCCUGGAUUCCUGUCUGGGAUGACCACGAGGUCUCGGACAACACCUACCGCGAUGGUGCUUCUGAGCUCAACAACACUGAGGCGUCGUUCAUCAGCGACGGCGGUGUUUCUGUUGACCAGAGAAAGAUGAAUGCUGUCAGAGCAUACUUUGAGUGGAUGCCCAUCCGCCAGGUCGAGAUGGACGACAACCUCCGUAUUUGGAGAAGCUUCAGCAUUGGCAGCUUGUUCGACUUGGUCAUGCUCGAUACCCGCCAAUACGACCGCUCCAUCACCGAUCUGUACUGGAACACCGACUAUGUCCACGCACUCAGCAACGAUGCUGGCAGAAGUAUGAUGGGUAGCAGACAGGAGAACUGGUUCUACAACCAACUCACCCAGUCGGCCAACCGUGGCGCUGCAUGGCGCUUGAUCGGCUCGCAGACCGUCUUCUCGCGCGUCAACGAGUCAGCUGCCUACGGCAACACCAACNCCCUCGACUACGAUGCCUGGGAUGGCUACCAAGCUAACCGCAACCGCACCCUUUCCCACCUCUACAACAACGGCAUCGGCAACAACAUUGUCAUGUCCGGCGACUCUCACGCCUCGUGGGUAUCUGAUCUCGUCUGGCUCGACCACGAAAACUACAACUCCUCCACAGGCAACAACAGCAUCGGUGUCGAAUUCGCCGGCUCUGCUGUUUCUUCUCCCUGCCCCUACGGCCAAAACAUUUCCCUCGCAGCCGCCAACAAUGCUUCCAACUGGCUUGUCCACGCCAACCAAGAAUUGCAGUGGAACGACAUUUACUACCGCGGAUACUUUGAGCUGCACAUCAACUACGAUGAGGUCACUGCCAAUUUCUUCGGCAUGCCUACUAUUGUCAACCGUAACCCUGAUGAAAUUUCUCUUGCCAACUUUACGGUCAAGAGCGGACAGAACAAGUUGCAGAGACCUGUUGCUGGUGGUAUUGUUGAGAGUGGUGCCCUCAAGUUUGGGCAGGUUAAGCAGACUAAUGCUACUAAUAAUACUGAGACUGGUGUUUGGUUUGUUAGUCAGGCUGGUCAGGAGGAUAUUUAG